UAUAUAUAUACUAUAAGCUCUUUUAGCUAUAUAGCCUUAGGCUUAUAUAAAAGGUUUUUAUUAGGGGAAAGGAAAAAAGGUCUUUAUAAUUAUAACUUAAAGAAAUUUAUAAGUUAA